AACUCAAGCACGAUGGUCCCAAAGAUGGGCAGCAAAACAAAGAGACAGAGGAAAAAAUCUUCAGAACUACAAUCCUCUGUCUUCCAUUUUUCAGCCAUUGCAAUCUUCAAAGCAUAAGAGAUUGACGCCAACAUCUUCUGCACCCAGUCCCUUUAUUCCUCCGUCGAAGGAGUUAGAAUCCCUGUUUCUUGAUCAAUUUGGUGGAAGGAAACGAUGAGUCUCUUCGGCCUUGGAAGCAACAAGAACCAGAGGACAUUUCGGCCGAAGAAAAAUGCACCAUCUAGUAAUAAGGGUGUACAGCUGAAAAAGCAUAUUGAUGCAACCUUAGGAAGUGGUAAUUUGAGAGAUGCAGUUCGACUGCCUCCGGGGGAGGAACUCAACGAAUGGCUAGCUGUUAACACUGUUGACUUCUUCAAUCAGGUCAACAUCUUAUAUGGCACUCUAAUAGAGUUCUGUACACCUGCUACAUGUCCUACUAUGACAGCCGGAUCCAAAUUUGAGUACAGAUGGGCUGAUGGAGUGCAGAUAAAGAAACCAAUCGAAGUUUCGGCACCAAAGUAUGUGGAGUAUUUGAUGGACUGGAUUGAGGUCCAACUCGACGAUGAGUCACUUUUCCCCCAGAAACUUGGAACCCCUUUCCCACCAAAUUUUCGGGAAGUUGUGAAGACAAUAUUUAAGCGACUUUUCCGUGUUUAUGCUCAUAUUUAUCACACACAUUUUCAAAAGAUUGUGAGCCUCAAAGAAGAAGCCCAUCUUAACACCUGCUUCAAGCAUUUUACAUUGUUCACAUGGGAGUUCAAAUUGAUCGACAAGGCUGAGCUCGCGCCACUUAUUGAUCUAAUUGAAUCCAUCGUGACAGUUAGCUAAACUGAUAUCAAGGAGAAUGAUACCACUCUAGCAAAUAAGGUGUAUUUUGAAUGUAUGUUCCAUGUCUUCUCCAUAAAAUUGAGAGAUGCAACUAUGUUUUUGUAUCAAGAAUAAACUGCUUGGGGCCUAGAUGAGGCUAUUGUUGGUUA